UUACAUCAGUAGAGUGGGCGGAGAUAGGCGUGGUUAUAUGAUGUCAGAUUCUUGGACUUGUGUGCAAGCCGGUCGCGUCAUUUUUUUUUUUAAUUCUUGCAUCACAAAUGUCCUGGUAGUAAGAGAACUGCGGGGAACAAGUGGGCACAUUGUAUCCUAAGGUUUGGCAGCGUGCUCCGGUUUGCAUAUCACUGGCCUUAAGAACGAUUUUGGUUCUUGAUAAACAUCUCCAUGUGUGCCGAUCUCCGGUUUUAUCUGCCGCUGGGGUGUUUUAACUUGCCAGUUCCUUGCUGACCUCGGCAAGUCGCACUUUCUGUUCUUUCCUAACUUCUUAUCAGGAUGCUGAACGUCCCGUCCCAGUCAUUCCCUGCCCCCAGCUCCCAGCAGAGGGUUGCCGCAAUUGGGAGAAGCAAGGUACCGUUGAAGCCUGGCAGGAGUCUUAUGGAUUGGAUCCGACUAACAAAGAGUGGAAAAGAUUUGACGGGGCUGAAGGGAAGACUAAUUGACGUGACUGAAGAAGAACUUGCACAGCAUAAUAAGAAAGAGGACUGUUGGAUCUGCAUUAGAGGAAUGGUGUAUAAUAUUACUCCAUACAUGGAGUAUCAUCCUGGAGGAGAAGAGGAGUUAAUGAAAGCAGCAGGCAGAGACGGCACUGAUCUUUUUGAUCAGGUUCAUCGUUGGGUCAACUAUGAAUCCAUGUUGAAAGAAUGUCUAAUCGGAAGAAUGGCCAUAAAACAUGUUUCUAUAUCCAAAGAGGUAACUUCUGUGGAAAAUAAAAUGAAUAAACAUUUAAAUGGGUCUGUUGCUUCUAGCAAAAUGUCACGAACCAGUAGCAAAGAAUCUCAUCCUUGGUAUGAUUGGUUCCAGACAGAAUCCUUGGUUACUGUUGCUGUCUACACCAAGAUGAAGAACGUUUGCUCAGAGUUGGUUAUCGUUGAUCACCUAGAAAAUGUACUAAGAGGAGAGAUCAUUAUUGGAGACUAUUCAUAUCUUUUACAUUCUGAGCUAAGUCACCCAGUGCAGAAAGACAUUGAGGUGAAGGUUAGUGCAACAGCUGGUAAAAUAGAAAUUAAAAUGAAGAAGAAAGAACCUGUUUCCUGGAAAUCUUUGGGACAACCUAUGGAUGGCCAUAACUCUUUCUUGAAGCAUUCCCAAAGAGGUCUUUAUUACCGAAAGUGCAGACUGGCUUCUAAAACAGACAUCAAUUACAAUACGAAGUUAUUUUGUGUUCAACUUCCUCAGGGCUGUCAUCUUCAAGUGCCUGUGGGACAUCAUAUUUACCUCAAAAUGAAUAUUUCAGGUGUUGACAUAGUGAAGCCUUAUACACCAGUGGCAAGCUGUUUAUUGCCGGAUGCCCAAUACUCAACUUUUUGCAAUAAACAGUGCCUGUACCUAAUGAUAAAAAUAUAUCCAAAUGGAAGCAUUACCCCACAUCUUGAAAACUUGACAGUAGGUGACUAUAUAUCCAUAAGCAAUCCCCAGGGCACAUUCAGCAGUUUCCAGAUUGAAAACGUGAUGGAUGUCUUCCUUGUAGCAGCGGGGACAGGCAUAACACCAAUGAUUAGAUUGCUGCAGCACGUUUUAACUUGUGUUUCUAGUCUUAGAAAAGCAAAGUUGAUUUUCUUCAACAAAAAAGAAGAGGAUAUUUUGUGGAAAGAACAAGUGGAAGAAUUGAGCUUGGCAGACAAAAGGUUUGAGGCUCAGCUUAUUCUGUCAGAGCCAAGUGUUAAAUGGACUGGAUACAGGGGGCAAAUAUCAUAUUCCCUACUCAAUGAAUCCAUAUUAAGGACUGAAGAAGGAUCAAAAAUUCUCAUUUGCAUUUGCGGGCCAAAUGCAUUUGUUGACCAAGGAAUAAGCUUUCUACAGGACCUUGGCUUUUCCAAAGAAGAAGUGUUUGCUUUCAGAGAGUAAAUGUUCUCCACUAACCAGCACAAUAUCGAAUAUGACCAACUGGCCAAUGGCACUGGAAUUGUCUAUGCAUUUAUGGUGCUACUUCAUAUUUUGGUAUAAAUGUUUUUUGCUUUUAUUGUCCAGCAUUAUACUGUAAAAAAAAAAAAACAAGAAAAUACUUUAUUUUUUUGGCUGAUUUUUGUCAGAUGUCUCAGCUCCAUAUUACUGUUUUUGGUACCUGUCUUACAGAAAUGCAUUGCAAAUAUAUAAAAUGAAAUGAAUUCUUGUCAUUGUUAGUUUUUGAAAUCAUUUUUAUUUCCUAUUAACUUAUUUAUAAUACUUGAAGGUACACUAUUUGGCAAAAGUAUGUGGACCCCUCCCCCCUCGUAUAAUUAUUGGAAUUGGCAAUUUAAGCCACAGAUACACCACCACAUUGUAUGGUCCUUUAAUAAUAGGUUUGCUGACACUGGAGUGGAAGAACUGGCCUGCUCAAAGCCCUCAACUUAACUGAAGCUGAAUAGGAAGCCAAACAUGAUCACUAAUACUCUGGUGGCUGACUGGAAGCAAAUCCCACCAAAAAGAAAAGAAGCAGAUAUAGCAGAAAAGGGAGGAUCAAUUUCAUAUUGAUACUGUUGGUUUAGGAAUGAGAUGUUGGACAGUCAGGUGAGCAUGCACUUUUAGCCAAGUAGUGUAUAUCUAAGCUAUUGAUUCAGGUUACUGUAUCUUCUGAAAGCCUGCUUGAUCUCAGGAGCAUUGGUGUGUGUUUUUGUAUUGUCCAAAUGUAUGUACUGAAGCCUACCAGAUGCAAUAAAAUCAUAUUGCCCCUCUC